UAGAGAGUUCGAAGAAGGCAGGAAAAGAACGCGGUCUCGUCCGACAGCAAGUCAUGUGUGGUUCCCUCGUAAUCCACGCCCACCCAUCCGUCCCUCUUCGUUCGACGACAAACCGAGCCGAUUCGGGCCUCCUCCUACUCCCCCCAAAACCCAGACUCCGCCCUCGGCCGCUAAACCCAUGGCUACAACGGUGACGACGGCGACGGUAGCGUCUUCCUCCUCCUAUGUGGCCUCCAUCUCUCGGGUCCUCUGCAGAGACAGUGGAUCUCAGUCGCGACACGCCAUGGCCGCCGAGUGCUGCUCCUUCUCGUCAUAUAUUGCUCGUUGCGUCCCCCAACCCCCUCAUGCUUUGGGAAGUGGGUCACCGAUGCCGAAUGGAGGAAGAGGAAGGAACGAGGCGGUUGCUUGCUCGAUGGCCUCGCCCAUCAUCCCGGUUUUGAGGAGUCGACAAGUUUUGUGCAAUGCUGAAGCAAAUGCUUCUGGGGAUUUUCCAAAUAAUCCUGUGGCUGAAAUGAGCCAGUAUGAGAGUAUAGUUGAAUUACUUACGACUCUUUUCCCUGUUUGGGUCAUACUAGGGACUAUUAUUGGCAUAUACAAGCCAUCUAUGGUUACCUGGCUGGAGACAGACCUGUUCACUGUAGGUUUGGGAUUCCUGAUGCUAUCCAUGGGUUUGACGCUUACAUUUGAGGAUUUCAGAAGAUGUUUGAGAAACCCAUGGACAGUAGGCGUAGGAUUCCUUGCACAAUAUUUAAUUAAACCUUUGCUAGGCUUUGCGAUUGCUAUGACACUGAAAUUAUCGGCUCCUCUUGCAACUGGUCUUAUUCUGGUAUCAUGUUGUCCUGGAGGCCAAGCAUCCAAUGUUGCGACUUAUAUAUCCAAAGGAAAUGUCGCACUUUCAGUCCUUAUGACAACUUGUUCGACAAUUGGUGCUAUAGUCAUGACACCCCUUCUUACUAAGCUCCUUGCCGGCCAGCUUGUUCCUGUUGAUGCAGCUGGAUUGGCCAUCAGUACUUUUCAGGUGGUUUUGGUGCCCACUAUUGUUGGAGUGUUGUCACAUGAGUAUUUCCCAAAGUUUACUGAGCGAAUAAUCACACUUACGCCACUGAUUGGAGUUAUCCUUACCACAUUGCUAUGUGCAAGCCCUAUUGGGCAAGUUGCAGUAGUCUUGAAGGCUCAAGGAGCACAACUUAUUAUUCCUGUAGCUCUCCUUCAUGCUGCAGCAUUUGCUCUUGGUUAUUGGUGUUCAAGAUUGUCAUCAUUCGGGGAAUCCACUUCUCGUACCAUUUCCAUAGAAUGCGGAAUGCAGAGUUCUGCUCUUGGAUUUUUGCUUGCCCAAAAACAUUUCACAAAUCCUCUCGUAGCUGUUCCUUCAGCUGUCAGUGUUGUCUUCAUGGCGCUUGGUGGGAGUGCCCUAGCCGUGUUUUGGAGGAACAGGCCGAUUCCUGUGGAUGACAAGGAUGACUUCAAAGAAUGAGGUGAUUCUUGUUCUUUGGCUGCCAUUGAAAUCUCGAAGCUAUUACUGAGAGGUCAUAUUGGUAGAUGCAAAAGUAGGAUGUUUAAUCCCCGUGGAUUUUUUUUUUUUUCUCUUUUUGUUGGAAAACUUGUUUGGGUUUUUUGGUCUGCAGAAAUUUGAGUUAGCAUUAGUCUUUUAUUGAUCCUUCCCCGACAAGACUUUCGUUUUCCGACAUGCCAAAACCAUUCAUUUGAAUAAAUUGCAGAUGGUUGUGUGACUAUAGACAGACGAUAUUAUUUUCAUCUUAAAAUCAUCAUUCAGAAUCAAUAUAGUUAUGAUGGUUUUA